GUAUCAUGACAGAGUCAACAAGGUCUUCUAUUGCUUCUAUUCCUCCUCCAAGGCCAGCAAAGAGCAAUCUUAGAACCCUGACCACUGACAAAUUGGUUCAAGCUACGAACAGUAUCCGGAAACAGGGACGCUUCAUGGAACACUUUGAUCAAUUACCACCUCAAGAACUUUUGGAUAUUAUGAACGAGAGUACCGAAAACAAAAUAGGAAAACAUAGACAACGUACUGUUAGUGCUCCUACUUCUGAAAACACGUUCUUACUAUCUAGGUCAACGACCCCUCCUGCAGUUCCUAGCACGACUAUGGCUCCUAUUGAAGGCGACGUUUAUUUCCCACCACUUCAACGUCCUUUAUCAAGAAAACUAAGUACAGCUUCACGACGAUCCUUGACCAACUCUCUCUCUACUCCACCAUCUAAAACGUUAUCCUCUAACACAACUCGAUCUUCAAAACGAAAUCUUAGUACAACAAGUAUCUACCGCCGGCCUUCUUCCACUUUGGCUAUGAGCGUAGCACGUUCUGCUGGUGGCAAGUUAUCGACUUUAUUUUCAUUGAAUCGUGCAUCGGUUAUCAUUACUAGGUUAGAACAAUGGUUACAACUCAUCAAGUGUAUCAUCCAAUGGUUAGAAGAAACUUCCAAGUUACAUCUCCAAAUCAGUCGUGGAUAUUCUCAGCGUCACCUUCCUUUAUUUCAAAUGGAACUGUUACCUGAUCAAACGCCUGCUGCCUCAACACUUUACGCUGGUCUGAGACUUUUGACCUCAAAUGUUGCUGAUAAUCAUCAUCUAUUUGCUGCCCAGCUCCAACGUAUUCACCUUCCAGCGUUAUUGAAAUUCAAGCGUGAAUGCAAGGAAAAGAUCAAGGUACUUCGAAACGAUCCUCACUUAUUCUUGGAUGAACUCUUACGCCGUGCUGAACAAACAAAAAAGUGUAUGGAUCAACUUAACAAGGCUUGUCAAAUGGCAGAUCAACAACAACAACGUCAUGGGAAAUCAUCAACAAUAGAUCCUUGGCUUGCCAACCUUUAUGUUUUACGUCAAUUGAAGCGCGAAGUGGAUGAAGAAAAUCGUUUACGACAAUUGAUGGUACCUAUACAAAAGGAAACAGCUGACUUUGAAGGAAGAUUACUUGGUGUGCUCAAACCAGCUGUACAAUACUGUUGUGAAUUCUUAGCUCCUGGUGUAUGGGAUGGUUCUGCGGAUGAUGAAACAGCACCCUUUCAGUUGUUAAUGGAACGAAUUGUACCUGAAAGUGAAUGGCGUCAUUUUUACCAACGAGAAGAAAAAGAUUUGGUGGACGAACAACAAGUGAUCAAGAAUUAUCUCAACAUCUAUUAUGCCAAUAAAUUACAUGACAAGGUGGUAACUUUGAAGAAAGGGACUAUGCAACGAUAUAUUGGUGGUGUCCGCAUGAAAUUCAGUGAAAGGUUGUAUGUGCUUUCUCAAGGUGGUUACCUACAUCAAUUUCGUAUGGAUGACAAAGUGAUACCUGAACGUUCUAUCUACAUUCCUGAUGCAACUAUCUCUUCUCUGGAUGACUGUACUUUUGAAAUCAGGCGACCUUCAACUCGACGUACCACUGAGAAAAUAGAUAAUGACAGCUCUCUAUCAUCUGCUGGAUCGGAUGCUCAUCAUCAUCAUAAAAAAGUAUACGUGAUCAAGGCGAACAACAACGAAGAAAUGGUAUCCUGGUGUCGCAUUCUAUCCGAUAUGGCUACUCGACAGCUACCCCUACGACAACCACCAUCUAGAAAACGCCCAACGGCUGCCCGUACACUUCAACAACAAAACAACCCGUCUCAAUUGGAAGAAACUUACUCCAUGGACUCUUUGGUAUCUUCGGUAACAACCCAACAUCAGAAAAUAUCAACCUCUUCCGCUUCUUCUGUUAUCUCUUCUUUGUCCAACACGUUACCAUUGAACAAUACUACAUCAUUAUCAUCAGCAUCUUUAUCAUCGUAUAAUGAAAUACAUUCAUCUACUAUCACUAUGGACAAUGAUCCGGUCAUUCUUCCGCCACCAUCCUCUACAACGGCCAAUGACAGUAUUUGCGAUGAAGAGAUAAUAUCGAACGGCAAUGAUAACAAGAAAAAGGUGAAAGAAACUGAUCAUGUAGGCGAAAGUAUGACAGCUAUGAAAGCAGCAACAAGUGUGCAAACGGAUGAUCAGGUUGUAUUGUCUAAUGGAUAUCAUCAGCAUGAAGAAGGCUCGACGUCUAUGUCAGCAUCGAUGGAUCUUGCAACUAAGACCAAGAACAACAACGGUAGCGGUGAUAAUGCAGCACAUGAAGAACAGCCAUCAAUGGAACGGAAUAGCAAUACUAUCAACUCGGGUAAACAUCAAAUAGCGGAGAGCAGCAUUCAUAGAUCGGAUCACCAGGAUGCAGAACCUAGCAGUAUGAUGUUGAAUAAACAAGUGACGAAGGAUACCAUCAUUAUAUCGGACAAAAUGGACAACACUUAUGAUGAAGACUCGGAUGAUGAUGAUGAUGACAGCACUAUCAGCAAUGGAUCGGUUUCCACAGUGACACGACGAUACAGUCUUUUACCCACCAGUUCCAACAAUCAGCAUCUUUUGCAUGGUAAUGAUGAUAGCAUAUCUAUUGCUUCGAUGUAUACGGAAUACGAUGAUGCCUUGUCCCAUAUAUCCUCACGACGACUAUCCACCACAAGUACUCAGUAUGAUGAUGCUGCCUCUUCUCUCUACUUCUCUUCCGGUACUCGAUCCAUUCUUUCAUCCUCCUCCUCCUCCUCCUCCUCCUCCUCAUCUUCCUCAUCUCAACACGACUUGGCCAUUCCCGAUUUGGAACUAUCUCAUUAG